AUGAGGACGAGACCUCUAAAUUCUGGUAAAUGGGAUGAUAGCCUUCACUAUGUUGUUGGCGAUGGAGUCAGCAAGACGAAAGUCAGCGAUCCUGCAUCAAAUGCCUCGUUACUUUGGAAAAGAACCAAGCCACCGCCUAAUGUCAUUCCUAAAUUUUGCAAGAAUAAAGACGUUAAUGAAGGCUUCAGCUUCUUGUUCCAUCAAUGCAGCCUUUCGCUCAUGCAUGUGCAUGUCUGCAAGCUUUCGUACUUCUCCAACAGCCUCACCAUAUCUGAUGAAACCCAAGACAUAAGAGAUUGGGGGAAAAGUAAACCAUAA